AUCUCACCUCACCAAAUUGAAGUGGAGGUCAAAACUUUUCUAAACAAACAUGUCUGUCUCGUUAUUGAAAUACGCAAAUCCUACUUUAAGAAGAAAUUUAGGAAGAUGUUUACGCUGUCAAGUUGCAUCAAUAUCUACUUCUAAAAAGUCCAAAGAUACUUUAGCAUAUCCUGAAGAUUUGUUUCCUAAAAAGCCUCCAGCUCCUCCAAAAACAGUCGAAGAAUUCGCCGAAACUAAAAAUCCAAAGAGUUGGGUUUCAUAUGGUUAUGAUGAAAUAAAUUAUGAAAAUGAUCGUCAUUUGCACAAAUUGACAAAUUUUGGAAUGUUGACCAUUCUAGUUUGUGGAGCAACCUUCAUACUUGCAUACGCUCCUGAUUCCAAGGAUGCUGAUUGGUAUGCGAGAGAAGCUUAUUUAGAACUCCAUAGAAGAGAAAAGCUUGGCUUACCUUUAAUUGAUAAAAAUUUAGUCGAUACUGAAAAAAUAGAAUUACCUUCAGAUGAUGAAUUGGGUGAUACUGAAAUUAUAAUUUAAAUUAAAUAAUUGAGAAGGAAUCUUUUAUUUCUGUAAUAUAUGAUAAUUUGUUUUGUAGUAUCUAGUUUUGAAUCAAUAAAAAGUUACAUGGAAUUGGUUUUCAAACUGUGUUAUAAAAAAUAACAAGCAUUUUUAUUGUUUUCUGCAUUGUAUCAAAAUAUGUAUAUCCGUAGAGUUUUGAUUAUUUAAAUAUUUUCGAUUUUUAUAAAAUUUGACUUUUCAGUUAAUCGGAUUCAAGUUUAAAAGAACUAUCCCUUCCUCCUCUAACCUCCCUUAACAAUAAGAACCUCCCUUUCUAAAAAUACUUUAAAGAGAUAUGAAGGGUGUUUUAAAACUCGUUUGUAAAAAUUAAAGAGAUGAUAGAAAACGUCUAAAAAGCAAUUUUUACCAUACAAUGUAUUGGCGGAGAGCAAAUAGUAGGGAAUCAUUAGGAGAUAUUCGUUACUGUCACAUGUAAGAAUGCGACACCAAGCUGAUAGCGGAAUUAUUAGUUAAUUUUAUUGACAGAAACUGCAAAAGAAGUAGUAGUACAGAUGUAACUGUGACUUAGCGUCAAGUUAAUUUAGGACCUCCUCUUACUGUUUGGUGUUUCAUUCUUCUGAGACAGUAAUGGACAAUGCAUUCACCAUACAAUGCAUUCCAUCCAUGCAUUAUAAGGUGAAAGUUGCUUGUUGAAAUGCUUACUAUUACCCCUUAGAUUUGUGCCUAUGAAUUUUCAAACACUCUGUGGAGUUAGUUCUGAGAGCUAGAUUUCCAUUUAUGGUAGUAUGUUUUUAAUUAUAUAAUUGAGAUUAUCUUAAUCACUGUAAUAUUUAAGUUAUAAAUGCAAUAAAUUUUAUCUCUAUAAUUUGGUAAUAAAAUAAUAUCACCAUAAAUGUUGACAAUGAAAUACUACUUGAAAUGUUAUCAUUGUUAAAAACCUGAAAUACGUUGACUUCGAAUUGUAAAUUUAAGUUUUAUGUAUUUUUAAUUGGUUGAUAUUUUUUCUUUUUUUAAAUAUUAAUCUCUUAAAUUCUUAUUUCUUAACACGUUGAAGAAAUGGGGAAAUAAAGCUAUUUUAUUGGAA